AUGAAGCCUGGCGGUUCGCUGUGCACGGUGCUCGCCACCAUGUUCCGUUUCAAGUCGGAGCAGCGGUGGCGCAAGUUCGACUUCCAGGUCGGUAAGAACCCUUCGCGAAAGGAUCUCAACGUGCAAAUGAUGAUGGAGAUAGAAUCUGCUCUAAUGACCGCUGAGAUAAUACGUUCACCCUGCGUCUUCAUACGACCGGACGUCGAUAAGGCAACAGCUAACAAGGUCAAAGAUAUUGUGAGCAAUCACCAGGGGGAGAUUUGUGAUGAUGAAGAAGACGCGACACAUAUCAUCUACCCAACAGUGGACCCUCUCGAGGAGGAGUACGCUAGGCCCGUGUUCCGGCGAGGCAACCACGUGCUGGUGCACUGGUACUAUCUGCCCGACAGCCACGACACCUGGUCUCAGACCGAAUUGCCUGUGGAAGUGCCCGAAUCAGCGAAUUGGGAGUGUACCCGUGCGGAACCGUGGCGCGUGACGGCCACGUGGGCGCUCGACCUGCCGCAGUACAACGAGUGGAUGAACGAGGAGGACUACGAGGUCGACGCCGCCGGCAAGAAGAAGGUUCAUAAACUGCGCCUUUCGGUUGAUGACCUAAUACCGGGCACAGAACCAUCGAGCAAGGCAAAGAAAAGUAAAAGAAAGCGUUCACCCUCUCCCCCGCCGCAGAAACAUGGAAAAAGAAAGAGUCGCUCAUCAAAGCGUCGUGACAACGAUGGCGAAGAUGAAGAGGACAAUGCUUCCAGAGACAACACUGAUACUGCACCCACUCCCGAAAUUGAACGAACUACGGAAACACCAGCCGCAGCUCCCGUAGUGCCAGAGCCAGCACCGGUGACGGAGGCGCCCGCGACCCCCGCGCCCGCUAUGGACGUGCACGACGACUCGCAGGGCAAGCACAGCGACUCCAACACACAGGAGACACACUAUUAA